GGCAAGUAUAAAAUAUAUUUGUUUAAUCUUUUUUUUUUUAAAAAAAUAAAAUUAAUUAAUUAAUUAAUUAUAAUUGAUUUCUUUUUGUAGUCUAAUUCACGAGAUGCAGAAACACUGAUAUUUUGGAUGGCCAAUAUAUCCCAGCUGUUGGGAUACUUGGACAGAGACGAGGGACUUGCGAUUUCGACAACGCGUUACCAAGAUCGCCUUGGAGACCUGGUGACAAGGUGCUAUGAGCUCGUAGUUCUGGACUGCGAGAGACAGUUGGACAAGGUGAUCGAGCCUGGGUUACUUGACCACGAGGCAAUACAGGGCAUGAUGGAAGAAGUGAAUUUUGCGAAUGACUGGCAUCGAUUUUUCCGCCGCCGGUCUCGUCACUCGAUUAUUGCUUCAACAACCACAACCACAACCACAACCACAAAUACAAAUACAACAGGAUCCGGAUCUGCAGGAACAGAUCGGGGAACGUGUGAGAGUCCGGGAAGAAUCCAAUCGCCAUGUUCGGUUGUCAAUGUGUUAAGGUCGAUUGUGGAGCUGCUGCAAUCUUAUUGUGUCCAGCCAGAUAUCAUUAGCCAGGUUGUUGGCCAGUCGCUGCACUAUGUGUCGGGAGAGAUGAUCAGCCGGAUGGUAAACAACCGAAAGUAUCUCUGCCGAUCAAAGGCUCUGCAGAUCAGAAUGAACUUGUCUAGUAUUGAAGAAUGGGUACGGACGAACAAAAAGACCUUGGCUGGCCAGCGACACCAAAAGCAAAGACAGACAGCCAACUUUUUUGGAGAGGUUCUACAGCUGCUCCAGUUCCUUCAGUGCAUGUCUCAGUUGUCUGACACGAGUAUAUUUAUCGAAACGCUGGGAUCGCUGGAGUUACUCAACCCACGCCAUGUCAAGCGGUGUGUGCUCAAUUAUCGCUAUGAAGUCACAGAACCCCGACUUUCGGAGGAAAUUGAAAAGUAUGUGGUGGGGGCAGCUGAAGAACAACAGCCCUUGCAGCCCUUGCAGCCCUUGCAGCCCUUGCAGCCCUUGCAGCUACAGCAGUUAUUGUUACAGCAACAACAUGGCUCUACAAGGUCACGAAGAUUAUCAUUUGAAAGCUUUCAGAGUGAUGGAUCUUACCCGGCCAGACGAGACAGUGUUCUUUCGCGAUCGAGUUCUCGACCGGGCAGUAUAUCCAGUCUGGCAAGUUUGGGUAGUGUGUAUUCUCGGACUAGU